AUGUGUGUCUGUGGUAAGCAUGAAGUUCCUCCUCCAAAAAAGCCUCUAACACCAGCCGAAAUCGAGUCUCUUCCGAGAUUCAAAGGGGUAAAGCAGGUAAGUUUAAGAGGAAAACACGAUGUGCUGGUGUACUCGAUUCCAGGAACUGAAAACGCUUACGUGUUUUGCCAUGGUCAUACGAACGCUCGUUACCAAGUUUUCCAGUGUGUCUACUGCUGGAAAUAUGGGGCGAAAACUUCAAUCAGGGUGAUCGGUGAUGAGUUUCUCGAGGAUCCUUGCAAGAUCGACCAUAUCUGCUCCCCUGUGAACGAAAUGGAAGAUAGAGUGGAAAGAUUGACUCAUAAGGUUCUGCAAACCCAAGAAAGUUCAGGUAGGAUAUUACCAAUCCAUCUAGGAGCAGAAAGUUUACUUGCAUAUGAAAAUGGUAUUGCAGAAGAAUACGAGGAGGAGGAAAUGGGCCUGGGUGCAAGUUUCCAAUCCGAAAGAAUUAGAAGAGUUGAACUUUUGGAAUGA